CAAAGGGAGGGAUCAUCUUCGCAGUCACUGCGUAACGGUAUAUAUACGACAGACAUCACAUAGAUACAGCGUAUAUACCACCAAGAAUCGGGACGCCAGGAUCUGAUCGUCAACGCGGGCGCUCUUCCCCCCGGACGAGCUGGACGUCUCAUCGGUAUUGAUAUCUAUAACAUCGUCUAUUGUGAUUAAGACAUAGUCACAAGGGCAAGGUCGAUCCAUAGAUCACCUACCGAUAAAACCCAAGAUUCAGAGAACCUAUACUACAACCUUCGUCGGAUCUACCUGCGGUCUGUGAGGGCCCUCCCCCUCGCAUCGCAGCGCCAACGACAAAGGACACGGAAUCACACCCAACAUCGAUCUUCGUCUCAGGACGCCAUCAUAACUUGCCAUCAACGAAAAUGUCGACCGCCUUCAACGACGGAUCGGGGGUACCUUCUCCUCGAAGCUUCAGCUCUGACAAACUCAUCCACCCCUCUCAGCACGACCACAACCCCGAUGUUCCCCUCCUCUUCAAACCCAACUCCAACCUCGACUCCAACCUCACCCUCAAACCUCCCACAGACGUCCUCAAACACCAACACCGAGCCUACAUAGACCCCUACAUCGACCACCUCGACCCGCCCGAAGUUUACCCCUUGACAUACCCAUCUCCAUCCGCCUCCUCCGGCUGGGGAGGGGGGAAGAGCUGGACGUAUUGGCCUGCCUUGGCGUUGGUGGGUGUUUUAGGGGGGAGCGUACCGGUUAGUUUUGUGUAUAUAGGAUGGUGUAUCGCUAUGUGGGAUGUACCGGGCGGGAGUACCGGGAAAGGUCUAUUGAUUUAUUCGGUCUUCGAGCUCGCGACGACCCUCUACCAAGCCUACCAGACUUACCUCAUCCAACGCCCUAGCCCACCGUCUACGUUGACACCGGAAGAAUGUCUGGGGAUCUUGACGAGGAUCUUGCAGAGCGGGACGGGAUUGAGCGGGAAGGCUUUCGACCAGGACGAGCGGGAGGAGGAGGAGAAGGGUGCGAUGGGGCUGUCAACGUCGAUCUCGGGGUCGAGUUCCGGGUCAUCAGGGUCAGGUUUGGAGUCUGGCCCUCCCAAGCUCCGAGCUCGUACCGCCAAGCAAGCCCGCAAGGACCCCAACAUAUCCCUCGACCCUAUCCCCUCCCACCUCCGUCCAGAUACUCCGACCCAGGAAGAAAAGGGUGGGUAUACGGCCUCGCCGUUGAUCCCGCUCGAGACGUUGCGGGAAGAUGAUCCGAGGGCGAUCGAGUUCAGGGAGCGGUUGAGGAAUUGGUUCGGUCGAGUCCCCUUUUCUUCCGUCACCCUCUCGGACGCCCAAAACUGGUUGAGCUGGUCCUGCUGCGGACUAUCUUACGCUCAAGUACAGCAAGACGUCGAAAAAUCGAGGUUGAUCGAGACGGGCGUUCAAUUACUCCAAGCUAGGACCGGGUGGAAGUUCCCCAUCAGCGGCAAUGACUCGGCGGGGGAGAAGAGAGGACUGGCGGAAAAGGUCAAGUUGAUGAGGCUGACGAUGGACCCCGUUAGGGUCUUUCCGAGACCGCUUUGGUGGUACGCGGCGUUGUGGAUCGGGGAUCGGUUGGCCAUGAAGUACAUCUAUCAUAGUUUCGGGUUGAGACAGUACAAGCAAGGUCAGAUGGACUACCUGUUGAGGAUCCCGAAAGGCUGGACUCCCGAGCGUCAGCUGGCCAAAUCGGACCCGAUCGUCUUUAUCCACGGUCUCGGUUUUGGGCUCCUCUCCCCGGAGAACAUGCUCGUCGUCAGGAAACUUUGCAAGACGCUCUCUUCGCACCCCAUCCUCGUCCCGCUUCAGCCUCAGAUCAGCCAACAGAUUUGGGACCCCGAUUUUCUACGACCGACCCCGAGGAAACAGUUCGUCGGCGACCUGGUAGAUGCUUGUCGGCGCUGGAGGUUCUACGACGAUCAAGGCGUCGUCUCGGCUGGCAAGAUCGAUCACGAAUAUGACGGAGCGGACGAGCGGAAGGGUCUUAACGGCGCCAGGGAGAAUGGAGGAGUCAUCCUUCUCAGUCAUUCGAACGGGAGUGUCGGGCAUACGUGGCUACUGAAGGACGUGCCCGGACUGACCAGACGGAAUGCCCUGGUCGAUCCGGUUGUCUUUUGUUCUUGGGAGGGAGAUCUCUGUUACAACUUCUGUUACAGACCGGCCAGAAGCGGCAUGGAAUGUCUGCUGAAAUAUCUCGUCUCUACCGAACUCGGAAUCGCUAACACAAUCCAAAGAUACUUUGACUGGUCGGCGAACACGCUGUUUCCGGAAGAGAUUCCGGAUGCAAGGGAUCCUGAAAAGACACUGAUCGUGCUCGGCGGGACGGACAUCAUUGUCGAUGCUCAGCGCGUGCGGGUCUAUCUGAAACGGCACGGCCUUCGUCGCACGAUGCAAUAUGACCCGACCAAGGGGCAUGUGGACGGUCUACGCGGAACGAGUUUGGACAGACUGAUCAUCUGGCUCGCCACCGGCAAAUCGGUCGACGUGCCUAGCGCUUCGGCUUUGGCUUAGUGGCACGUCCGAAAUUUAGAUGAGUGUACUCGCAUACGGACCUGGGUUUGAGCGAUUUGUGUGUGAUGAUGUCAAUUAGUCGUAUGCUUUGAUACUGUAUCUCUUGUGAAAGAUAUGAUCUGCUUCAACGGCCUCGGCAGAUUCGGGAUCAGGUUGUUCGAGACUCGUGACUCUGAUAUGAUAUCA